CUUAUUCUCCCGCCGGGGAGAAGCUGAGCCCGCCAGCGGCGCCGCUGCGGGAUGCUGCGCUCCACAUCCACCGUCACUCUGCUCUCGGGCGGAGGCUCCAGGGCUCCUGGGGCACCCAGCAGGAGGGCAAAUGUCUGCAGACUGCGGCUGACCGUGCCUCCCGAGGGUCCGGCGUCGGAGCCCAGCGAAAAGAAGGCUGAAAGGAAAGAGCAACAUCAUGACCCGCGCAGUGGAGAACCCACCAGGAAACUCCCUCAGGGUGUUGUCUAUGGUGUGGUGCGAAGAUCAGAUCAGAAUCAGCAGAAGGAGAUGGUGGUGUAUGGGUGGACCACCAAUCAGCUGAAAGAAGAGAUGAACUACAUCAAAGACGUGAGAGCCACUUUGGAAAAAGUGAGGAAGAGAAUGUAUGGGGACUAUGAUGAAAUGAGACAGAAGAUUCGACAGCUCACCCAGGAACUGUCAGUCUCCCAGGCUCAGCAGGGCUACCUGGAGAGUCACAUCCAAACACAGUCGUCAGCCCUGGACAGUUUCAAUGCCAUGAACUCGGCUUUGGCGUCGGACUCCAUCAGCCUGCAGAAAACCCUUGUGGAUGUUACUUUGGAAAAUAGCAACAUUAAGGAUCAAAUCCGAAGUCUGCAGCAGACAUAUGAAGCCUCCGUGGAGAAGCUGCGGGAAAAGCAGAGGCAGUUAGAGGUAGCACAGGUUGAAAACCAGCUGCUGAAAAUGAAGGUGGAAUGCUCCCAGGAGGCCAACGCCGAGGUGAUGAGAGAGAUGACCAGGAAGCUGUACAGCCAAUACGAGGACAAGCUCCGCGAAGAGCAGCAGCGGCACAGUGCGGAGAAGGAGGCGCUCCUGGAAGAAACCAAUAGCUUUCUGAAAGCCAUUGAUGAAGCCAAUAAAAAGAUGCAAGCGGCAGAGAUCAGCCUAGAGGAGAAGGACCAGAGGAUUGGGGAGCUGGACAGGUUGAUUGAGCGGAUGGAAAAGGAACGCCAUCAACUUCAACUCCAACUCCUGGAGCAUGAAACAGAAAUGUCAGCGGAAAUAACUGAUGCUGACAAGGAGAGGUAUCAGCAGCUGGAGGCGGCUUCAGCCAGCCUCCGGGAACGGAUCAGACACCUAGAUGACAUGGUGCAUUGCCAGCAGAAGAAAGUCAAACAGAUGGUUGAGGAGAUCAUGUCCCACGAGCUCUUCUCCACAUUUAGUCUCCGGCUCUUUGGAAGAUGACAAGAUGGUAGCCUGCUCUGGGUUGGAAGCGGUUCUUUUAUUGUUCGUGGUUAGAAGAACACCUGUACUCUCUCUGCUGGGAAGAGGUGGCAUGUCUCUGUGACGAACCAAUGAACCAAACACGAAGGAAGCGCUUUUGAAAGGGAAACGUGGCACGUAGGGCUCUCGUUUAUGGAAACACCCACAGACUGUGACUUCAGCGUGUACGGCCUCACGCUGCAGAGUCAAGACAACUCAGAGAUCCACAAAGUAUUUCGAGAAACGUGGGUUCCUAGACAUCAAAGAAGGAACUGCGAUGAAACAUGGUACUAAAAAGUAAUUCAGAAAGUAUCAGGUGCAGGCUGGCCUAAAGACCUUGGGAAAGAAGCCUCAUGUGUGAAAAGCUGCCAAGGACACCUGCUAAGGAAAUAAGAAGCGGGCCUGAAGAACUCCAGCACACCAGGCGCAAGUGCGCCCCACCAGACCCCCCCCCCCCCCAGAGGAUACAGAAGCAGCCGAGUGUCUGUGUAGUUUGAUUAUAUUUGUACGUGGGAGGUGGCCCUGAGGAUGUCCUUUCUGGGUGGAGAUCAACAGCCCUGGUCAGCUUACCACUGUUCUUAUUUAAGAAACAUCUGAUUUGCUUCUGUCACCACGGUUGUUUUGCCUGAAGAGACAGUUCAACUCACUUCAUGAAAAGAAGAAAUAUAUUGGAUGAAAAGGGAAAUAUAUUGGGUUGAAAUGUAUUGAAGCAAAACAGACGCCAUGAAUGCUUUGUUGUUCUAGAGGUUGUCUUGAGACACUCACAGGUGCUGGUGUCUCAUCGAAGCUAAACAGCGUUGCUGGGAAUCGUAGGGGCAGUGGCAGCAGGUGGUGGAAAUGGCCGGCGGGUGCUUUUAGCCUAACAGGCUAGUCGACUGGGCUGGUGAAGAGAGUUCACGAGGGGCGGGUAGACGGGGUGGCUUUCCACCCUCUGCGCUUCUCCGUGGAGAAGCGGGCAGGUCGGUGAUGCUUUCUUGUCAGUCGCUGUCUUUGGCCUUGCGUUCAGGUGCUUCUGCUCAGCUGAAGGAAGUGGGCGGUGGGUGGGAAAGCGGGCGAUGAUCCAGUCCCCAUGGUAGUCAUGGCCUGGAAACGCAGGUCACCCGCGCCAGCGGCCUGUUCGAAUGCAGGGCCCCAGAUACUCUGCUGGGUUCCUAGCCUUGCGCCAGGCAGCUUUGAGUCAGAUUUGAGAAUCGUUAAUCUAGAUGUCACUCUAGCGAAGGGACCUACACUGUUUCUAGGGACACCUGAUGACUUCUAGAGAAAGUAGGUGCUGCGCGUGAGCCCCUCUCCCGGUUGUGUGGUGUCCCCCUGCCCUUGGAGUUCCUUUUCCUUUUUGGGCUCUGGCCAGGACCUGGAGUCCCGGCAGGCCUUAGGUUGCGGGCCGGGGCUGAGGGAGGUGCCUGGGCCGUCCGCAGGACUGGCCGGGAGACGCCCCCAAGUGCUGUGCCCUCGGCACCCCACGCACCGCCCCCUAGGCCUAGGGCUGGGUCCUGGCUCAUCGGGCGUCUCCCUAGGUCUGGGUUCCCUGCCUGACAAGACCCCUUUCCACCUGCUCCUCCCUGCCUUUUUCCGUGGCCUUCGGUUCACCCCUCCCUGCCCGGACUCUGAUAGGAUGUGAACCCAAUUUACUGUGUCAAUCAUGAGUUAGGUGCUCAAAUCCUGCUGCUCCCCCCAUCCCCUUCCCCUUCCCCUCCCCUUACCUGGAUCCUUAGCCUUGAGCUCUUACUAAGGCUGUAAUUUUGUCUCAUGGCCAUUCACACCCCCCACUCAAAGGAGACGCUACUCAACAGUUGAGGCAGAAUUUAUUUAUAGUAAAUGAAAAUGUCACAGUUUCAAAUUUUAGUGUUGAACAUUGUAUUAGCUACAUCUUUAUUUUAAAAUCAUACAUGCUUGAUCUAAAACGUGAAGUUUUUAGAAGGUAUCAGAAAGCUCACACAUCUGAAAGCCUUUUUUCUAUGCAUUAUAUAAAAAGACCAUAGGUGCGCUGUGUGGUCUGGACUGAUUAAUGUGUUCACAAUAUGCAUUGUCCUUUCAAGAGGGACGGUCUUUCCUUCGUGAGUGUCACUAAACCCGCGUUCUGUUUUUGAGAUCGUUUCUCAUUGGCUCUGAUGCGUUUCUCAGAGACCUGGGUGCUGAUGCUCCGCCCAAGAGAGUCCACGGCCGUGCUCCUGACCCACGUCACUCCCAGCUGGUGAACGUGUCUCGUGCUUUAAGGCUGAGCGUUUGACCUCACAUCCCACGUUAACUCUCUGUGGGAGGUGUUAUUAGCACGAUUUUUUGGUAUAGGAAACUUAGACUGUUAAAAAAAAAAAAAAAGAAAAUUAAGUAGCCAGCAGUCUCUCCACAAAUGGUGAUGGUGCUGGGUCCACACCCAGAUUUUUGACUCCAAAGCCAGCAUUGUUCUUUGCUUCUUAUUUUUUUUUUAAUUGAAAAAAAUGUUUUAAAUACAGAAAAAUAGAAUGGUAAAAACAAAAUCCCAUGUACCCUGUAGAAUUGACAGAUGUUAACAUUUUGGCGUAUUUCAGUUUUUUUUUUCCUAAAUAAGACAUUACAGACAAAGAAGUUGUACCCUUCCCAGUGCUGAUCUUUUUCCUUCUUUCCCCAUCGUACCCCCCACCCACGCCCUGCCUCAGCCCUGCCGCUUCCUCCCGAGGCAGUUUAGCUUCCAUCCAGGCCAUGUUUCUGUGCUUUGACUGCACAUAUAUGUACCUGUUACCAGUGUAUAGCUUGGUUUCUGUGUUUAAAAAUGCAUAUAAGUUUUUAUAAUAUAUAGGUAAAUUUUAUUGUAUUUAUUUUGCAACUUACUCUUUUCCCCAGAUUUAUUUUUUGUGUUGUUACAUACAGAUCUAAAUUAUUCAUUUUGAUGGCCGUCUAAUAUUCUACCAUAUGACUACAUUUAAUGUAUCCUACUGACAGACACCUAGCAUGCUUCCAGUUUUUUAUUCUUUUACAAGCAAUGCCAAGCACAUCUCUGUGCUUCUCCAGAGAACAUCCUCUGAGGAGGAAGCGCCAGGGCCUGGGCUUGGCACAGUCUCACCACUGCUGGGUGUUUCCCAGUUCUCCACACUGUGCCUGCCCUUCCUCCCGUCACGUACAAGGGGCAGAUUUCUCCACAGCUUCCCCACCUCUCAGCCCUGCUGGACUGGAAUUUUAGCCGGUUGUGAAAUAGUAUCUCUGUGUUUCCAUUGUAAUUUGCAUCAGGCUCAUUACACCCGGUGAGAUGGAGUGUCUUUUCAAAAGCGUGUUGAUCAGUCAGGCUUCCAUUCUUCGGUAUUGGUUGUUCAUAGCUUUUGUUCAUUUUUCCGUUUGGUGGUUUUUCUUUCUGCUGGUGAUUUGUCGGAAUUCUGUAUGUGAUCCAUAUUAGCCACUUACCAGAAGAACUGUUUGGAUGUCCUGGUCUUCUCCCAGUCAGCGGUUUUGUUGUUGUUGUUUGUUAGUGUCUUGUAUAAUAUACAGUUUAAACUUUGGUAUAAAGUUAUCAACCUUUUUGUGCUGUUGUGUGUUUUGUUUGUCAUAAGGAUUCUUUAUGGUAAUAGUUUUAGAGUUUUGCUUCUCAUCUUUAGGUCUGUGGUUAUACCCCCACCGCCACACACACACUCAUACCACCCCCCCGUUUUCUUCCUUACUCUAUUCUUCUUUCUUAUCAUCUUGUAAUAUAUCCUACACUUCUGUGUUUUGCUUAUUUAUUGUCUGUUUCCCUCCACUAGAAUGUAAGCUCCCUGAGGGCAGUGGCUUUUGUCUGUUUUGUUCAUGGCUAGAUCCCUAACACUUGGAAUAGUCACUGGCAUAUAGCAGAUGCUCAAUAAAUACUUGUUGAACAAA